AGAGAGAGAGGAGGAGCCUGUGGGGUGUGGGACUUUAGACAAAGGAGACAUAUACACACUGACACUGGAUCACUUGGAGCGAAGGAUACGCAGACAGCUGGAGAGCUUCACUUUUUUUUUUCCACACAGGAGACAAUCCUCAACUUCUGGACUUACUUUUUCUGUGCGUGUGUAUUGUUCCCCUGUGUUUGUACGGUGUAUGGAUUCAUCUGUGGGCUGAGAGAUGUUUGUGUUUGAGCGGUGGUUACCGUAUGCUGCCCGUAGUGUGUAAAAAGAGUGUGGGUUAGUAUGUGUGGGAUGGAAAAGUGGGACUGUUGCAACCUACAGCUCUACUCUUAGCUGUAUGCCAUGGGGGGUUGCCAUAGUUACCCCUCGGCUAAGAAAGCAGACAGCAAGACUCUUCAGCUGUCUGACAUCAGCGAUGAAAAACUGGGAAUUAAUAACAAUAAUCUGGAGGAGCGUCCGUAUCUACAGGAGCAGAACGUAAACCAGCAGAUCACACACAUAGACAUGGUGGCCCUCACAGCGCUGCCACCUGGUGUCGACCAGGCAGAGUGGCUUGCCAGCAACACUGUGGCGUUUUUUAAGCAUAUAAACCUGUUCUCAAGUGCUCUGUCUGAGUUCUGCACUCCGAGCACAUGCCCGACAGCCUGUGGACCGGGCGACAUGGUUUAUGUUUGGACUGAUGACCACGGCAGGAAGCUGAAGUGCUCUGCCCCGCUUUACUUUGACUAUGCCAUGUCAUACAUUCAGGAGCUACUGACUGAUGAAGACGUGUUUCCCACAAAAGCAGGUUCAGCGUUUCCGACGGGGUUCGUCUUCCUGGUUCAGAAGGUGUUUUUGUUGUUUUUCAGGACUCUUGCACACAUUUACUGGUCUCACUACAGAGAGACGCUGGCUCUAGGCCUACACCCUCACCUCAACACGCUCUUCGCACACCUCACACUCUUCUGUCAGCAGCACAGCCUGCUGGACCCGGAGGACACCAAGCCAAUGCAGGACCUCAUCACAGCUCUGGGACAGCAAGACUGAUUCUAUGGAGCAGAUACACAUUUCGUAGACUCCCAUUUCCACACACUUACUCUCAUGUUACACAUGUAUAUGUUAUAUAUUUUAUGAAGAGGGAGAAUGAAGGAGUUUUGCUUUAAAAAGCUGUCAGUCAAAUCAGAAUGGACCAGAGCUGUCUGGUCCUGCUGUAUCAGUUAUUAUGAUACUGUGUGAAAUUAUUGUACUGCAUGUUUAUGUAUUUCAAUGUACCUGGCAUUAAUUUGAAAAGGUCAAGAUCUUCAGGAUAAUUUGUGGCCAGUGUUUUUUUCCUGCAAGACAUGAACUGAAACACAGAGUUCAUAUUCAAUAAGAGCAAAAUGUGCCAUUGUUAAAUUUUGGAAAUUUGCCAAAGUGCAAAAAGGGGGUGUGUUGAUGCAAAUAUGAUUUUGUUUUCAUGACUGCAUCUGCAUGAAAUAGCUUACCUCCAUUUCUGUAUGUGCCAGCUUUACCUUAUAAUAAACACGUAUUAAGGUUAAAAAAACUGGCUCUUUUAAUUAU